AAUACUACGAACUUUGUGUGUGUGAACAAGGUCUAGAAAAUAAUUCAUAAUAGAUUUCAUUUUUACGAGUUGGUGCCUUUCAGUUCCACAGUCUAGAUACUAAAUCGUUUUCCUUUUUAGUGUCACAUACAUGUAUAUGUUUCUGUGUCCCACGAAACCGUUUUUUCUUUGUAUUUACUGUGUCACUAGUUUUGGUUCACGUUAUGCCAAAAGUAAAUUCAAGGCCGGAAGUCAAUCUGUGGAACCGAAAAUAGGCUUUUAAUGUAAAUUCAUGUGACAUACAUACAUGUACAGUGUACACCAGGAAGUAAAACACACUCAACUGCUCACUCUUGACUGCAAAUGCCUACUUAAAAAUAGAUGUUCGUGCUUAACACAGAAUAAGGUCAGGUUUUUGAUGUGGAUAUAAAACAGAAUGUACAAAUUUUAAACCUUCUUAGCUACAUGUAUAAGGUUGGAAUUCGUGGAAGGUUUUCCUGUGGAACAGUGGCUAAAGAGACCAGUGAAGAUUGCACAAUGUAGGGGGAAAUUGAUACUUUUGUCAGGCACCUAUGCAUAAUACAUGUACAUUAUAUGUAACAGCUUUAGGUAUACUGGAUUUAUGUAUGAAAAAUCUUAGAAAAGAUCGAAUAGAUGUGUUUUAUGGCUUAAAUCUGAGGUUAAAAACAGUGAUGAGAGCAAAGUCAUUGUUUUUAAGAGAAGACUGCUUGAGAAUUGAUUGAAGAAGCUACAUAACAUAAGUGAAGACAGGGGAAUUAAAGAUUUUGAAAUACAGUUCUGUGCCAGAAAAGACAAUUAAAUGGCUAAUAGCAUGUUAGCAGAUGUGUUUGUGGCUGGUUGUCGUGGAGAAGUAUUGGUUCCUAAUGGGCUGGUGGAAGGACGAACCCAUGGUUGGAGGAGUUUAUUUUCUGGUCAUGGAAGUCGUAUCCAACUGUUACAGCAGAACAUGCUUUACAAGAUUUUAGUUACAGAAAGAGGAAAGAAUGGGGGUCAGCUGGCAGUAAUACUGAACACAGCUAAUUAUGAGGUGAAAAAAGAGGAAUGGCAUGAGAUCAAGACCAGUGACGGGAAAUUAUUUGCUUUUAAAUUUGACAAAAAUGAUAAGCAGUUUGUAGUUUUCCAAGCAGAACUAAAGAGAGUGCUGCAGUUAGAGACACGCCCACUGAGGAGGGGAGGGAGGAACAGAGAGCAAACUAACACCAAGUGCUCACCUGGUGCAGCGAAGGACGGGAACAUGGCAUCUGGCCGUGAAGUUGCAGAUGCCAUACCUUUCUAUUCAUCUGAUUCCUCUUUCUCUGGCAACACAGCCUCACAGCAAUAUGUAGACAUGUACGUAAACGCCAUUCCUAAAGAACCCUAUGACAGCACUGAGGAAUGGAAAUACAAAGGAGGGGGAGGCCACCCCAGGGACUAUAGUGCCCCCACAGCUUCUUUCUCCUCUAAGGCCAAGGCAGCUAGGUCUUACUCCGCCUACGCCCCACCCCCUGAGGCACAUGAACAACCUGCCACCCCUUUGUCAUCCCGUGGGGGCGCGGGAGGGGUGCAAAGACGUGAAGAACAAGUUCAUAGCAGGUCACUUUCUACAGGACUUCAGAACUUGAUUGAGUCACUGCAGAGUGCUAUUUAUAAAGGUGAAGGAGAACAAGCUGGUAUAGUUGCAAAGAGUCUUGCAAUUAAGAGGGCCAAUAUAAAAAUGGAACUUUACCAGUCUGGAGAUAGUGGGAAAUCAACUGAGAAAAUGAUCAGCCUGAAGGUGUAUGUGGAAGACAAGAGUAAUUCAGGUACCUCCAUCAUGCUGAAGGUCAGGCUGUCAAUGACCAUCAGAGAUUUAAAACGGCAUAUGUUCCUGGAACACCAAUUCCCCCCAGAAGUGCAAAGAUGGAUAAUUGGCAAGAGCCGUGCCAAAGAUGAUGACCACCUGAAUAAAUUCAAGCAGCUGAUCCAUGAUGGCUCUCCAGUGUACCUGUACCUGAUGUCUGCCAAGUCUGUAGGUCUGCCAGGAAGACAGGUGUAUGAGAGAGAACAUAACAUGGGACAGGCAGACCUUAUACCAGUAGACGUGUGUGAUGAGCCUGCAGUUGCUGCACCAACAACACCACCACAUCCUGCCUCACAGCAGAGAGCUGCUGCUCCAGGUCAUCAAAAUGUUCCUGAACCAAGGAGACCUUCAGGUUCAGAAGAAACUUUGAGACCACCACAGCAACAACAGCAACAGAGACUGCAACAGUUGCCACAGCAACAACAGAGACAGCAACAGUUGCCACAGCAACAACAACCAGUGGAUACCGCGGAGGGUUGGUCCUGCCCACAGUGCACCUAUGUCAACUUACCACUGCGGCCUGGCUGUGCCAUGUGUGCCGCUGACCGCCCUGCUGACUACAGGGAACCAGACAACUAUGUACCAACAGAUGAGGAGCUGCAGAUGAUGGCUCAACAACAAGAACUGGAUAGGCAAGCUUUGGAGUAUCAAGAAAGAAGACGGCGUCAAGAAGGGCAGCAGAGAUUGGAGAACUACCAGCAGUUGUUACAUGCAGCAGACCAGUCUCUGGUGGUGAACACAGAGGACUUCACCUGUCCUAUCUGCUUUGAUGACAUAGCACCUGGAGAUGGCGUCGUACUCAGGGACUGUCUGCAUAUGUUCUGCAAGAGCUGUUUGAAGGCUGCAGUUACUUACAGCGAGGAAGCAGCAGUAAAGUGCCCGUAUCAGGAUGACAACUAUACGUGUCCUUCCUUUCUGCAAGAUAUGGAAAUAAAGGCACUUGUUUCCAAUGAAGUCUUCCAGAAAUACUUGCAGCUGAGUCUGUCCCAGGCUGAGUCCCAGGCUGUGAAUAGUUACCACUGUAAGACAGCAGACUGCAGGGGCUGGUGUAUAUAUGAGGAUGAGGUAAAUUUCUUUGACUGUCCAGUUUGUGGCAAGAAGAACUGCCUGACAUGUAAGGCAAUCCAUGAAGGCAUCAACUGUAAGCAGUACCAGGAAGACCUGAAGAUCAGAGCAGGAAAUGACAAGGCUGCCAAGCAGACCAAUGACAUGUUAGAGAAACUGAUCAGAGAUGGAGAUGCCAUGCGAUGUCCACAUUGUAGGGUCAUAGUGCAGAAGAAGGAUGGAUGUGAUUGGAUAAAAUGCAGUUUUUGUAAAACAGAAAUUUGCUGGGUCACAAGAGGACCCAGAUGGGGACCUGCAGGCCCGGGUGACAUCAGUGGAGGUUGCAUGUGUCGUGUGAAUGCACAGAGGUGUCAUGACAACUGUCAAAACUGUCACUAGAUGGCAGCAACUUCCACAUAAACUGGUGAUAUGGCAGAAGUGCUACCUUCAGAUAGUACAUACAGGUUGAACCAUUAAUGUCUGGUGAACAGAAAUACUAAUCACAACUUAUUUUAUGUCAGAAAUUUAAAUUGUUUAUAAAUAUGUUGUUUUAGACAAUAGAUAGGUUGUUUGCUGUUGCCAAGUAUACUUGUUUCAGGUGCUAUUAUGUGUCCUCAUUCACAGUUUGUGAUACAAUAAUAUGUCAGAUAUUAAAAUAAAAUAUUUUAAAUCCAGCAACUUACAUGUACAGUAGUGAGUACUCUUCAUGUAUAAUAAUAAUAUUGAUAAUUAUAAUACAAUUUAUCUCUAGGCUUAAGUCCAAAUUUGUUCAGUAGACUUUACAAUGCAAUGAAUAAAUAACAAAAAGGGUAAGAAAAGUAAAAGAAAAGAAAUAUUGAAUAAAACUGGAAAAAUUGGUUAAAACAUAAUGUAGAAAUUCAAAAUGUUACUUCAUCACUCACAUUGAAAAGUCAUUUAUAAAAAUCUAUUUAUAAUUUUUCUGAAGGUAUGUCUUGAGUUCAGUUUAAAAGUAAAUGGACUAAAUUUGGUCCCCUUUCUAUAUUGGCCUUACUUUUUAUUGAUAUCUUUUAAAUGCUAAGACUUGAUAUGAGAUUUGUAAUUUAAGGUAACACAAAAUAUGAGUACAAAAACUGACGGUAUCAUUGAUAUCUAUCAUACAAUCCCUACAUUUGAAUUUCAUUUCAGUACUUUGAUAGACCUAUAAUUUUUUCAGACAAAAUGUUAUCAUGACACAAUAA